CCUCUCUCGAAAAUCCUACUGCGCACUAUUAAUUCAUUUUUUUCUAUCAAGUCCAUCUUAUCCACACAUCAUGCAGUCGAUUUUGAACGUGAUCAACACAGGAUUAACGCAAACUACGUUAGUUCUUGAACCUCCGGCGUCCAUUACUCUCAAUCAAACUACAUUAGCAUACAAGCGAAUUGGUAGACACCAAAAGACAUUCUCUCGUCCUCUUCAAGAAGGCCAUUGGGAAGAGACGUUACAGCUCAGAAAUAGGAAUGUCUUGCUAGGUGGGUAUGACGGUUACGUGCCGGAGAUGGUUCGAGCUGAAGGAGAUGCUACUAUAUUCUGCCAUGACGAGAUAAUUGCUGUGAUGAGAGCAGCCUUUGCGCCUUUGGGAGGUAAAUACCGAAUGCUCGCGCAGCUACCGUCCACGAGCGGCAAGGUUGUCGCCGACCUGGUAUGCUUCCAAGAUGACGUGAAUAAAGUUAUCGCCCUGCUUGAACUCAAGCGUCCAGGAUAUAUCAACGUAACUCAGUGGAGCCAGCAAGAUCUUAGAAACGCCAAUGAGCAUACUCAAAGACUGACCAGAAAGAUUCGGAGGUAUGCACACGAAUACGAUUGCACCCAAUAUCUCUUAUUUGAUUGCUGCACUCUUCUAAAGAUCGAAUUUGAGGCCACUGGCAAUGAGAUUCAAAAUACUGAUCGGAUAAAUAUUGAAAUCGCGUACGAUACACGCUACGAGCAGAGGGCGCAUGUCAUUCAGGUACUCGGUCGAGGUGAAGACUAUGCUACGGUUCGGGCUGUGAUAUACUCAUCUAUCCUUGCCGGUAUCCGUAGGCAUCUCUUUGCAAACAUACAACCGGCCACUAUAUCCCCUCCAGAUGGAAGCAAUUAUGUCUAUCUGGGUUGGACUCCAUGGUCAGGCGGCCCACUAUGGUAUAAUGAUCAAAACCAGACUCUUCAGUUGCGAGAUCCUUUCGGCUGGACGCAUUUUAUUGAGCGAUAUGCUGCGCAAAAUGAUGAUAGAAGAGGUUUCAGGUUCCGAAUUGUCUACAUUAUUAAUGGCGCACAGCACGAAAUGAUUAGAGAUAUCUGAAACUGAGCCUGGAUCUAGUUAAUCAUUAUGACUAUUUCUGUUACAUGAGUUCAGAAAAUCCUUUAUAUGGUUCAGAAUAUCCUUUACAAGUAAAAGGGCAUUUCUCAAUGCCAGACCAGGGGUCGAGGGCAGAAGUAGGAAGACUUUAUACCAAAAGUAAAGCCCACGCCCAAUGAGAUAUCCAACAAGUCCUUGAAACUCCAAUAGUCCUCUCUCUUCAAGUACGGACUCUAGCUCGCGGGUGCUAUAAUAGUCCUCACCAGGCUGGUCACCGUGGUCAAUGAUACAGGCUCGGAUGAUAGUAUUCUGUUUUAUAGUGA